AUGACAAAUAUGAAUAAUCGUGACGUUAAAAAUCCCUUUCUAUUUGAAAUUGCUUGGGAAGUCGUAAACAAAGUUGGAGGAAUUUAUACUGUCAUAAAAUCAAAAACUCCUGUCACAGUUCAUGAAUAUGGUGAUAGGUAUUGUUUAAUAGGUCCAUUGGUCUAUAAAACUGCUGCUGCCGAAGUAGAGCCCGAAGAAAUUACAAAUUGGUGUAUAAAAGAAAUCCUUGAUGACAUGUCUUCUCAAGGAAUUAAAUGGAUGUACGGAAGGUGGUUAAUUGAAGGUUCUCCUCGUGUUUUAUUGCUCGACCCUGGUUCUAUCUCUGAUAGAUUAGAUUCUUGGAAAGCUGAUUUAUGGAAUGUGACUGGAAUUCCUUCUCCACCAAACGAUACUGAAACAAAUGAUUCCAUCCUUUUUGGUUAUCUUGUCGCUUGGUUCUUAAAUGAUUUCGUUAGAAAAGAAAGAAGCAAAGCUGUAAUAGCCCAUUUUCAUGAAUGGAUGUCAAGUAUCGCAAUUCCCCUCAUGCGCAAAAGACGAACAGAUCUGACCACAAUUUUCACCACUCAUGCCACAUUACUUGGACGAUAUUUAUGUGCUGGUUCAGUAGAUUUUUAUAAUAAUAUUGAUAAAUUCCAAGUUGAUGAGGAGGCAGGAAAACGUGGAAUAUAUCAUCGUUAUUGUAUAGAACGUGCCGCAUCACAUUGUUGUGAUGUUUUUACUACUGUAAGUCAAAUCACAGCAUAUGAGGCAGAACAUUUGUUAAGACGAAAACCAGAUGGUGUUCUUCCAAAUGGUUUGAAUGUAGUCAAAUUUUCUGCUAUGCAUGAAUUCCAAAAUUUACAUGCCAGGAAUAAGGAAAAAAUCCACAACUUUGUGAGAGGACAUUUUUAUGGUCAUUAUGAUUUCGAUUUGGAUAAUACUCUGUAUUUCUUCACGGCCGGUCGUUAUGAAUACAGAAAUAAAGGCGUAGAUAUGUUCGUAGAGUCGUUGUCCCGUCUUAACACACGCUUAAAACAAAGCAAUUCUUCAGUGACUGUUGUUGCUUUUGUUAUUAUGCCUGCAGCGACACAAUCAUUCGCUGUUGAAGCUUUGAAAGGACAAGCUGUCACAAAACAACUUCAAGAAACAGUAAAAGAUAUUACUGAUAGAAUUGGUCAACGUAUCUUUGAGAAAGCUGCACGAUAUGCAGGUGGUGAUAUUCAAAAUGCGGUUAUUGAUCCAUCUGAAUUACUCACCAAUGAAGAAAAAGUAUUAUUGAAACGUCGAGUUAUUGCACUUAAACGUGGAACACUUCCACCAAUAGUCACACAUAAUAUGAUAGACGAUGCAACAGAUCCAGUCCUAAUGCAACUGCGUCGACUACAAUUAUUUAAUCACCCUUCAGAUAGAGUUAAAGUUAUCUUUCACCCCGAAUUCUUAUCUUCAAAUAAUCCAUUAAUUGGAUUGGAUUAUGAAGAAUUCGUUCGUGCAUGUCAUCUUGGUGUGUUCCCAAGUUAUUAUGAACCAUGGGGGUAUACACCAGCAGAGUGUACAGUAAUGGGUGUACCAUCAAUCACGACAAAUUUAUCGGGUUUUGGAUGUUAUAUGGAUGAAACAAUCGAAAAUUCAUCAGAUUAUGGUAUUUACAUCGUAGAUCGUAGAAUGAAAAGUGUUGAAGAAUCAGUACAACAAUUAGCAAAUUACAUGUUAGAAUUUUGUCAAAAAUCUCGGCGUCAACGAAUUAAUCAACGAAAUCGUACUGAAAGAUUAUCUGAUUUGUUGGAUUGGAAAAUAAUGGGAAUGGAAUAUGUAAGAGCAAGAAGGUUGGCAUUACAUCGAGCGUACCCUGAUUCAUUCGUUGGAGAACCGGAUAAUGAAUUCGAAAAUCCAAAAGGAAGAAUUCCACGCCCAUUUUCAGUGCCUGGGUCCCCUAGAAUAAAGGGAAGUAAUGGUUUCGAUGAUUUGGCGGAACAAAUGGAGGAUUUGGUUGGACUUUAUUUCCGCACCACGAGAACAUUUUUCUUACCAUUCCUUCCUAUAGCUGCUUGGUUAAUAUUAUUUUAUUCAUGUAGAUUUAUACCAGGUUCGAGUAGACCACAUAUAUAUGUAUCAGUAUUACCAGCAUUAGAAAAUAUUUUAUAUGGAGAUAAUUUAUCAGCUAUUAUAGCAACAAAUACAAAUCUUCUUAAAGAUGUAUUAGCUUGGUUACCAUAUGGAGUAUUUCACUUUAUGUUACCAUUUUUAACCAGUCUUGGACUUUGGUGGUUUGGUCCUCCUGGAAUAUUGGCAGUAUUUUCAAGGGCAUUUGGAUAUAUGAAUAUAGCUGGAGUAUUAACUCAAUUGGCAUUUCCAUGUUCACCUCCAUGGUACGAAUACGUACACGGUAUAGAUACUCCAGCUUCUUAUUCAAUGCAAGGUGAUCCGGGAGGAUUAGCUCGAAUUGAUGAAUUAUUUAAUUCAAAUACUUAUUCAUUAGUAUUUGGAGGCUCACCCAUGGUAUUUGGAGCAUUUCCUUCAUUACAUUCAGGUUGUGCUAUAAUUCAAGCACUCUUUAUUUCUCAUUUAUUACCCAAAACUCGACCAAUUUGGUUUGCUUAUGUGUUAUGGAUUUGGUGGGCUUGUAUGUAUUUAACUCAUCAUUACAUGGUAGAUUUAGUAGGUGGAGGAAUUUACGCAUUCGUAACAUUCUGGAUUUCUUGGAAAAUUGAAAUUGCAAGUAGUACUCUUUGUGAAGAAGAUUUAGAUUUAGUUAAUAAUAAUAAUAAGAGUAAUAGUAGUAAUAGUAAUAGUUCAAGUAUAGAAAAUAUUAUUAUUAUUAAAUAA